AAACUACAAUAUCAAAUGCAAAUCCUCCUUAAACUAAAAAUCAUCCUUUACUUCUUAAUCUUUUCCUUUCUAACCCCCACAAAUUGUGGCUAUGCCAAUUCAAGAACACCGGAUUAUUGCUUACCACAAGUAUGUAGCUACAAUGAACCCAUUUCGAGAUACGUACAAUUUCCAUUCAUGAUCACAAAUGAUUCAAUGCCAAGUUUUUGUGGGUAUCCUGGGUUUGAUUUAUUAUGUAAUAAUCAUGAUAAAUUACUAAUUAAUCUUCCUAAAUUAGGGGUUUUUUCUGUUGAAGAAAUUAAUUAUAUUAAACAAGAAUUAUGGCUUAAUGAUCCUAAUAAUUGUCUUCCAAGAAAGCUUCUUUCACUUAAUGGAUCAAGUUUUGUUGGUAAAUCUUUAUUUAAUCCUGUUUUAGAGCAAGAUUAUUGGCUAUUUAAUUGCUCUAAUGAUUUUUUUAGUUCUUUUGAUUAUCUAAGUGUUGAGAUAAUUGGGUGUUUAAGUGGUAAAAAUUAUGGGGUCUUUGCUAGUCCUUUGGAUAAAAUUGUUAAGGGUAAUUCUUCUUUGUGUAGUAAAUUAGGGCAUAUUAAAGUUCCUACAGGGUCCUAUGAUUUAAAGGACUUUCCCUUAAAUUUAAGGGGUGAUAUAAAGCUCACUUGGUCACAACCUUAUGAAUGUUGGAAGUGUUACAUGAAAAAUGGGAGAUGUGGGUUCAAGAACUAUGGUGGAAAUUUGGAUGUGGAAUGUUUCAAUCUUCCUCGCAAUGGGUUAUCAAAGCCAGCAAUAAUAGCAAUUGCACUAGCAUUCGCAGCACCUUUGGGAUUGGUUAGUAUAAGCAUAAUAUACUACGUUAUAAAGGCAGUUAUCUACCGAAGAAGUCAUGGUUCAGGCGUUACACCCGCAAUAGCCCUUCAGGAUAAUACUCAUACACAACUUCAAAGUGUUAUCGUCCACGGUCUCGAUCGAUCCAUAAUCGAGUCGUACCCAAAAGUCGUAGUAGGAUCAAGCCGAAGGUUACCUAAGCCCGACGAUCUGCAUUGUCCUAUAUGCUUAGGAGAAUAUUUGCCUAAGGAAAGUCUUAGGACUAUACCAAGUUGCAGUCAUUGUUUCCAUGCUGAAUGUAUUGAUGAAUGGCUUCAAUUGAAUGCUUCUUGUCCGGUUUGUCGAAAUUCUCCUUUAAGAAUUUCUCAAAAUAAUGAUGUUUGAUUAGCUUAUGAUCAAAGAAAUUAUAUAAUUGCUAGUAAUUUAU